AUGUUCCGCACACCUCUUACCCUCCUCAAACGCACCAUGUCCACAUCAUCCACAAUGGCUCCUAUCGAACGUAUCACCCUCUUCAAGGUCCCCAAUGAGGCAGAUCGCCUCCGUCUACUGGAGCAAUACAAGGUUCUUGCGAAGACAGCGACUAAGGCAUGCACUACUCACCUUUCUGAUCGAGAUGGCAAGCCUUACAUCGUCGCUGCUGCUGUCGGACAAUCGUUCGAGGAUCCCCGGAACAAGGGCUAUAAUAUCUCGGUGAAGACGACUUUUGCUUCGAUGGAGGAUAUGAAAUAUUAUGAUACGGAGUGUGAGGCUCACAAGGCGUUGAAGGCUGUUGCGGGGCCUAUGAAAGAGGAUGUCUUGACGACUUAUUAUGAAAAUGUGCUUUAG